GACCUUACGUCUGGUAGUGUAUAUAUGUGGUAGGAUGGGAUUUGAACCCACAUCUCUGUGACUCCAGGGUUGUGCUCUCACCCACUGUGCUGUAUUGUAAUAAAAGUAACAGCAACAAUGAUAAUACCCAGCUUGGAUAGGGCCCUUGCUAGAUGCCCGAUGCUGUUCUAAGUGUUCUGCACGUAUUCACUUAUUUAAUCUUUACACAAUUCCACAGGGGAAAUAAUAUCACCUCCAUUGUAUUAAUGAACAUACAGAGGCACCCCUGCUCCAGGUCACCCAGAUGGGCGGCAGAGCUGGAAUGCUACCCCGGGCAUCGCCUGGCUCUCUCUAUACCCUUGAGCCCAUCUCUGGGCUGGCCCCCUGCCCUCCCUAUAGGACAGCCGUGUCUUUUCCAGGCUCUGCGUUCCCAGUUCCUCUGGAGAGGAGUUCCCGGCCCCUCCCCGUGCUGCUGCCCCCGUGGAAUUCUCUGAGGGGGUCUGGGUGCCUCUGGAGCUGUAGCGCUCAAAGCCAAUCACAGUGCUCCUGGGGACCCGUGCAGUGGGCAGCUUGGGGGGAUGACCCUGGCAGGUCCUGGGCGCUCUGCAUCCUCACAGCCUGAGGGUCGUUGCAUUGUGGUGGGUGUAACCAGCAUCUGAUUGAGAGUCCCGACCCCACCACUUCCUAGCUGUGCUCACCGGCCCGGGCAUUUUCUCACUCUGAGCCUCAGUUUCCCCAACUGUGAUAUGAGAUGAAGUAUCAGGAAGCAUGUUUUUAGGCUGUAAUUCCACUAACUGUUGUUAAUUUGGGUUAUUUGGGGAAUACUUCCCCCACCAUUGUCUCCUUUUGAUCUAAGGGAUGAGCCUUGGUGGCAGAUGUCUCUGGGUGUCACUCGCUAGGCUGUGUGGCCCUGGGCAGGUCCCUUCACCUUUCUGGCCCUCACUCCCAGGUUAUUGUUAGAUGGAGCGAGGUCACACCGUGGGGCACUCAGUGCAGUGCCUGGACAGUCACCACCACAUCACGUUACCUGUCGUCACCAUUAUCGUCAUGUCUGAAGGCCUUUGGGUCUUUUCCAAAUGAACUGUUCUCAAGCAAGUUGGCCCCCUCCUGACCUUGAACCCAGGGGCAAAUCUUGUGACAUGUUACCCUCAGCCUACUGAGAUUUUAAAAUAUGUCUUACUUGUUAUCAGGCAUAUCUCCAUUAGUGGAGAGAGGCGGCCCCAGCAUGGGGGACGGGGAUGGAGCAGCUGGGCUGCGAUGUCGAGAGCUUUCUGCUGACCACCCCACCUGUCCUGCAUGCUCCCCAAACGCAGCACCUCCUCAGCCUGCCCAUCUGGGUGCUGAUGGAUGAGGACGUCCGGAUCUUCUUCUACCAGUCGUCCUAUGACGCGGAGCAGGUGCCCCAGGCUCUCCGACGGCUCCGCCCGCGCACCCGGAAAGUAAAGAGCACGUCCCCACAAGGCGCCGGCUUUGACCGCAUGGCAGCUCCACGAGCGGAGGCCCUGUUUGACUUCACUGGGAACAGCAAACUGGAGCUGAAUUUCAAAGUUGGAGAUGUGAUAUUUCUUCUCAGUCGGAUCAACAAAGACUGGCUGGAGGGCACUGUCCGGGGAACCACAGGCAUCUUCCCGGUGUCCUUUGUGAAGAUCCUCAAGGACUUCCCGGAGGAGGAGGACCCCACCAACUGGCUACGCUGCUACUACUAUGAGGACACCAUCAGCACCAUCAAGGACAUUGCAGUGGAGGAAGACCUCAAAAGCACCCCACUCUUCAAGGACUUGCUGGAGCUCAUGAGGCGGGAGUUCCAGAAGGAGGACAUCGCCCUCAAUUAUCAGGAUGCCGAGGGGGAUCUGGUUCGGCUGCUAUCAGACGAGGAUGUGAGGCUCAUGGUGAAGUGGACCCAAGGUCUCCCCUCCCAGAAGCACCUCUUCCCCUGGAAGCUGCAUAUCACCCAGGAGGACAACUACAAGGUCUACAACACGGCCCCCUGAGCCAGCGGCAUCCCUGGGGCAGUGAGGGGACACCUAGCAAAGAGCCCUCGGAGAAGAUUAGGACCAAGAAAGGCUGGGAGCACGGGACACACUUCCUGGUUCUGCACCAGAUGGACCUACUGGCCUUGGCUUAUACCAUCUCUACAUUUGGUCUCUGAGUUAAAUAAACCAUUUCAUCUCAAA